AUGGUCACCUACGUGCCUCUCUCAGUGAACAAACGAGGCCGCGACAUGGUCAUCGUGCUGUGGACCAUGAGCGCGGUCUCCGCUGUCUUUCUCGGGCUUCGACUGUACACCAAAGUGUUGCGCCGCCGCCGACUGUACUGGGAUGACUACUUCAUUCUUGCUGCUUGGAUCCUCCUUGCCCUCAGCGCCUCAUCGACGACGGCUAAUGUCCGCCGAGGCUUCGGGCAGCAUAUUUUUGAAAUUCCCUUGGAGAACUUGGUGGAUAUCACGUUUGGCGUCCUAAGUAACAUCUCUGGUUUCGCUUCCAUCCUAGCCGUCGCAUGCAGCAAGACCUCCUUCGCGAUCACGCUCCUUCGGCUAUCUGAUGGCUGGAUGAAGUGGUUCAUUUGGAGCCUGCUUAUUCUGCUCAAUACCAGCCACUACCUCAGUGCCCUAUUCUUUUGGGUAUCAUGCAAUCCACCGGCGAAGACGUACAACAGAACGCUCCCCGGCACAUGCUGGCCUGACUAUGUCAGCCGCAAUUACAGCUUUUUUGUUGGAGCCUGCUCUGCCUUCAGCGACUUUGCCUUGGCCCUGCUACCGUGGCGAAUUCUUCUGCGAUACAAUAUGUACAACCGCGAGAAGAUUGGCGUAGCUAUUGCCAUGAGCAUGGGAGUCUUCGCGGGGGUAAUCUGUAUCAUCAAAAUGACCACCAUCCCUCUUCUCUAUGGCGAUGACUUCACUUAUGAGUCCUUUCCCCUUGUUGUCUGGGGUUUCGUCGAGCCCGCAGUCACAAUCAUGGCAGCGUCCAUCCCGAUGCUGCGCCACCUCUUCAAGUCCCUUCGUCGCGAUGGAGACCUGUCGACGACCACGUCUGGUCUGCGGACCGCCCAGUCGACUACCAACCAGCCAACCAACCGCCGACAAAACUUCUUGCAAAACUUGCGCAAGCAUGCUGGCGAAAAGGAGGGAGAUGAUGGACCUACAGUGGCGAGAGAAAGCAAGGCAGAUUUGGAAAAAGCAGUGCUGACUUCGAACGGAAAAGACAGUGCCACCACUGCUGCUGAGAAGAGUGGCGAUGACAAUCGCAGCGACUCGAGUAUUUUAGCGAAGGUACAACUUCAGGGGACGAGCAGUGCCUGCCCGAGCAAUGAUAAAGGAGGGAGGGGAGUUUUUAUGAGUAAACUUGGGAAAGCUACAUAA